GAGCGUAUGACGUAGCAGCCGGAGUGCAGAGGUGUUUACUGUUCCUUCUUCGUCGUGGGGAGAAAGAGACCAGCAAACCGGAGAGCUACGAAGAAUACAGACAUUUUAAAAGCUUAAUAAGACAAAUAUAGAUAAUACAGAGUCUAAGACAGUUAGCAACAGCAUAUCUCCAGCCAUGGCGUAUGCAUACCUCUUCAAAUACAUCAUUAUUGGUGAUACGGGCGUGGGGAAGUCGUGCUUAUUAUUACAGUUCACAGAUAAGAGGUUUCAGCCAGUCCAUGACCUUACUAUCGGUGUUGAAUUUGGUGCACGGAUGAUCACUAUUGACGGAAAACAGAUCAAACUCCAAAUUUGGGAUACUGCUGGUCAGGAGUCUUUCCGUUCCAUAACUAGGUCCUACUACAGAGGUGCAGCAGGAGCUCUCUUAGUUUAUGACAUCACAAGAAGGGACACUUUCAACCAUUUGACAACCUGGUUAGAAGAUGCACGGCAACAUUCCAAUUCCAACAUGGUAAUCAUGCUUAUUGGAAAUAAGAGCGACUUAGAGUCUAGGCGAGAGGUGAAGAAGGAAGAAGGGGAGGCAUUUGCCAGAGAACACGGACUUAUCUUUAUGGAAACUUCUGCUAAAACAGCUUCAAAUGUAGAAGAGGCAUUUAUUAACACAGCCAAGGAGAUUUAUGAGAAGAUUCAAGAGGGUGUCUUUGAUAUUAAUAACGAGGCAAAUGGAAUUAAGAUCGGACCCCAGCACGCUGCCACCAAUGCAACACUUGCAGGCAACCAGGGAGGACAACAGGCAGGUGGAGGCUGUUGCUGAGGCUGUAUCUGACUGGUUGGGCCUACUAACCUUUUCUUAACCUCCCCACUCCAGCCCAACCUGCAAAAUCGACUCAUUUACUAGAUGGCUGUUUGUCAAGAGAGAAGCCCAAGUCUUUCACAAUCCCUGUAAAACUUUGAAGUCCAUUCAGUUAAAGACAACACGAUUUUGAGGAUUGUAUUCAUAUCUAUUUACAUUUAAUUUCUAGGUAAAUUGUUGUAAUUUUUUUUUUUUUUUUUUUUUCAGUGUUUGUUUGUUUAUUGUGCCCUUUUGACUUCAAACUGAAUUGUAUUAAACACUACAAAGUCAUCUUAGUAUUUUAAUCAGUUUGUGUGGGUAAAUUCCCCAGCUAUUAUGGUUACCUGAAGCUUAAUAUAGAAGUGUGUUAAGAGUGGUCAGCCAUUUGAUGAAGACAAAAAAGGACUGUUUUAAUUCUAUAUUUGUCGUACGCUUUCUGUAUAUAUAGUUAUAAUUAUAUGCUUUGGUGUAUACCUACACAGCUACAAUUCUUUACUGAGUUUGCUUACAUUCUGUACGGUACAAUUAGAGCUUGAAACUGCAACAGUAUUGCUAUAGCCCAAACAUGCUUUGACACAAUUUUAAUCCUGUUUGACCUUUUUUUUUGUCCCUCCUUAUUUACCUUUUACUUCAUUCCCCAGUAAACCUCUAAACCCCUCAUUGUAUAGUGAUAUUGGCUCAAUAUUGUUUAUCUAUUUUAAUGCCAAAAGUUGUGUUUUCCAAACUAUUUAACCCCCUCUUCUUCAGAAAUAGAUCACCUCCUCUCCAGAAAUGGACCAGCUGUUUGCCUUAAAAAAAAUCUAAAGCAGUAGAGCAAAAGAGAAAAUGAAUGAGGGAUUCAUAAUAAUGUGGAUACUUUAUUAUUCUUAUAUUAUUAUUGUUGUUUUAUUUUUUUUUUUUAUAUAUAAUUAGAUAAAAUGCGCUUGGUUUGCACUAGGUUUAUUUGUCAGUUCAUUUCAGUGCACAUCAGCUCUAACUUGUCUGAGUGGUUGUGUAAAGAUGUUUGUAGGUAUGUGGUGAACAUCUCGUCUGUUGUGAAAGGGGUGUGAUAAAAGCUGAAACCGAGUAUCUUUGUGACCCUCAACUUUAUUUGCUGUGUUGGUUCUUCUAAAAUGAAAUGUUACAAAAAUGAAAAAUAAAUUCCUGUGGUUAAACAGAUUCUAAACUGAUACAUAUUCAUUUUGAUGUCUGUGAAAAUUAAAAAUGGUGGCAUAUAUUUUUUGUAUACUGUAACUAAGGAAAAAAAAGCACAUUUCUUAGAGAAACUUUUUUGCCUCCAGUGUAGUGAUUGUUAUCCAGACAUCCUGUAUAAAUACAUUUUCAUUGUGUCAUCACAUAAAUUAAGAUGCAAAAGUAAUGUGUUUGUUUUUAAGCAUGAUUGGUAUUACUGGAUUAUACUUUUAAACCCAGAAUUGUCCAAACUAUAUUGUUAAAAUGUCCGCAUUUAGAUAAUAUUAUGUACUUGUGUGUAUGUAGCAUAACAUUUAUUUUGUUUCAGCUGUUUAAAACAACCUUGGCCUCACUUUGCAUUUGCCGAUAGUAAAAUCAUCUGGCGAUUCUACCUUAAUCCAAGUCUUAAAUUGUUUUGGCUGCCAAAAGGCAAAAAAAUUGAAUUCUCCAGUGUCACUCGUGUGUAAGUUGCCAGAUCACUUGGAUAUGAUGACAUCUGUAAUAAGAAUUUUAAAGGAGUUAUGUCACAAUUUCAGUUUCAGUAGUGAGGUGCAUUGUUUUCAGUUUUCUAUGAAUGCUCAAGGGGGUAUUAUUCUUGGUAAAGAGCCAAGAUGCCUUAAACCAAUUACACCUUG